AUGGAGUAUCUCUCAAGAAUCCUCUUGAAGAUAGGUUCUAACUCGGAGUUCAAAUUUCAUGAAAGGUGUGCUGAGCUGAAGCUGAAUCAUCUCAUGUUUGCUGAUGAUGUCAUUAUGUUCUGUCAUGGAGAUUUUAAGAGCAUAUAUUAUGUCCUCCAAGGCCUGAAGUUAUUUUCAAGUUCUUCUGGACUCCAUCCGAAUCCUCAUAAGUCUGCAAUUUAUUGUUGUGGGAAAGAAUGUGCUGUAUUAGCUGAGAAGAUGACAGCCAGGAUCAAGAUUUGGAGUUCAAGGAACUUGUCUCUUGCUGGAAGGGUUGUACUAGUUCAAUCGGUUCUUAUGUCCAUUCACUCAUACUGGAGUCAAAUUAUGGUGUUACCUAAGAAGACAAUUAGAGAUAUUGAGGCAAUUUGUCGAGCCUAUUUGUGGAAGGGUCAUCAUGUGUCAGUGGGGGCGGCCCCUAUAGCUUGGGAAAGGCUUUGCCAACCAAAGAAAGCUGGGGGGAUUGGCCUAAAAAAGAUUGCCGAAUGGAAUACAGCAGCGAUGAUUAAAUAUGUUUGGGCAAUUGCGAAUAAAGAAGAUAACUUGUGGAUUAGGUGGAUACAUUGUGUGUACAUGAAAGGAGUGGAUUGGUGGAGCUAUCAAGCUUCUUCUCAAGCCAGUUGGUAUUGGAAAAGAUUGGUGGCUGUCAAAAACCAAGUCUUAGAAGUUAUGGAUAUUCAACAAGUUUCAACUACUCCUUAUCGGAUCUCUAAUGGUUACAAAGCUCUUUGUCCAUUAAAAGACAAAGUGAAUUGGAGUCAUGAGGAUAGACUCAAAACUAGAGAGAGGCUGCAUAGAAUGAACAUUAUUGGGGAAGAUUCAUGCUUGUUGUGUAGUAAUCAAACUGAAACCUCUAAGCACCUAUUUUUUCUCUGUUCGUUUUCUCAUACUUGCUUAGCUGAAAUUAAAGUUAGACUGAACUGGGGAGUGGAAACAAUGGAAUUGAACAAGUUGAUUAGGUGGAUUGGAAGAGCAAAGAUUAGUAGAUUUCGAAAAGCUGUUUUAUCAGCUGCUGUUGUAUAUCAGAUUUGGCAAGUCCGGAAUGGAGUUUUGUGGAAUUCUGAGCAAGUUUCAGUUGAGCAGGAGGUGAAAAACCUGCUUCUGUUUUUUCCUGGUGCUGUCGACAUUUCUGCUAGUUACUGCUGCCAGUUUGGUUGUUUGUGGUUAGCAGGUUGUUUUAAAUGUCCAGGAAGUUCAGCCUCGGCUGAGGUGCUGGUAGUGUGUAAUUUUUCUAGUGAUAAUGAACUUACUGAUUGA